AUGUCAAAGUUUUUUCGGCAGUUGUUGUCCAGCAAACAUGCUGUCUUGCCCAAAUCAACUACUCCACCAAUACAGCAACUGGGAAAAAAACAAGAGUCGAUUGUCAAGUCGUUGCUGAUGCCUUUUCCUAUUAAAGAACUUGAUUCUGUUGACGAUCCCGUAGAUAGUCUGCCUAAUGUAAAUGUCAUGAUGUUUCCUUCAGAGAAAUUCAAACAGCGGAUUCAAACAGCAAACGAUCUAUGGAUGCAAGAGUUUCUACGACCACUCCAGUCGAGAAUUUAUCCUCGAGCAAGAAUCCAUGUUUUGGGUACGUCGUUGGUCAAUCUGCCAAGACUAGUCACAUUGCCCUUCUCACAUAACAAGAAGCUGGUGUUUGAGGGUCAGAGAGCAUUAGAGCAUUUUCUAGAACUGUACCAAUCUACAGGCAUGGACACUACUACAAACAUCAAUGUCAAGUCGAGCGUUGCUGGUCACUCUCACAUGAAUCAAGCUUCAUUCAGCAACACACAAACGGUCUCCAUUCUUUGUGAUGAAAACCCUAGCAAAGGAUCAUGGCUGAUGGAAGAUUAUGCACCCAUACUGCAGCCUUUUUUUGAAACCGAGUCGGUUGAAAAGUCGAUUGGAGGUGGAUUGGUAAGUGUUCGUCGUCCAGCAACUACUGCUGAAGAUCGGCUAGGACAAGUCAAGAUUUGGUCCAGGCAACAAAGUGCAACGUUUGAAUCCAUAGAUACUCCUUCUGACUGGACGUUUGUGCUGCAACACACUGGACUUAUUCCGCAAUGGGAUCUGAUUUCGUUUCUAUCCAGUGUGAUUGAUUAUAGAGAAGAGUAUGUUCAAGAUCCAAUACUGAGAGAGAUUUCUCCUCAAGUUGUUUCCAUGGAUCUGGCUGGAUUGAGCGAAGAGCAGUUGGAAUUGAUUGCCGACUCUUGCUUUACAAAUUCUGGAUCUGCCCAGCUGCAUCGACAGUUGCAACGAUGGAAAACGAAUCGGGAACAACAACGUUUACUAGAACCCAACUCGAAAGAAAACCCAUUGGAUUCAUAUACAGAAACGGAGUCUACCGAGUCAAUGCAGGCUCGGAUUGCUCUAGUGUAUGCUCAUGCGGGUAUUCAGGCUGCCGAAAUUGGUAUGAUUACUACAGGUAAUCUGUUUAUUGACGGUAUCUUUCAACGACUGGUACUCGGUCCAGAAGAAAUGCGUCGGUAUCUUGAUAUCUUAUCUGGUUGUGCUUUACCAAGUCCUGACUCAUCGAGCCAACACAAUGUAGGCAUCACGCGACGACUAGCUCAAACAAUGGCAAUUGCAGAUCGUUUGGAACAAGCCAUUGAUCAACAUAUUGCAUCAUUGGAUGAUACCGACACUACUGUAGUGAUUGUUGCUGAUCGUUCCGUGGCUUCUAUUCUACAUUCUAAUCUUGCUGCUGCAUAG